AUUCAGGUGCUAGAUUAGUAGACUUGCUUUUUCCAAAGACUGGUCGUUAGCCAAGAGAAACUCAGGAAAUGGUGGUUCAACAAAGAUGGAAAGGAUGUUAAUACGCUUGCUAAUGAGACAUGGUAACCUUAUCAUGGAUCUAAUACUUAUUUUUAAAAAGAGGUUCCAGGACUGUUGUGGACUAAGUGUAUCUGUGAGUGGACACACAACCAGUUUGAGGAAUUACGGAAUAGUGUUGCUGAGCCCGCCAGUCCCGUAUCUGCUUGGUAAGCGGCAUCGCAGGUUGUAUCACAGAGCUAAAUCAGGUGAUUGGGCAAGUGAGUGAUAACUGAGUAGGUCUCUCAGAACUUGUGGGAGGGGUAACUCCACAACUGAGCUGAAGUACUUCCCCAAAGGAGAUGGGGGUCAGUCAGCGACUGGGGAUGGGGGCUGUGGGUAGAGGUGGUUGGGAUUCUCGAAGAUCCAGGGAAUGAGUUUUCCUUAAAUGCUCAGAGAUCCCAGGAUUUCGGAUUGCUGAGGGCCCACAAGGAGGCUGCCCCUGAGUAAGUUUCUGUGACAAAAGAAGAAAAAGCAGACAUCCCCAACCAUUGGCAGGUGGGUGGGUCUGGUGAAUCAAGAGCAGAGAUCCUAGACGUCUCCGGACCUCUGAAGUUUCACGCUCCUCAAGCUGGAGAUGGACAGCUGGAGAGGAUGUGAACCUCCCUCAUCACCCAUUGGCUCCUGCACCUCGUAGCCCCGCCCCCACAGCGCCUUCCAUCUCCCCUACCCCCACGCCACGCCCACAAUCCAAACGACCUGUCUGCGUGAAGACCUGCGCUGCUGAGUCGGAUAAGCUUUGCAGUGCCAUCUUUGUUGUAAAUCAGGAUCCGUAUAUGUGUCAACAAGGAAGGAGGCCCCAUCCCUGCGGAAGCAGGAACUAGCGUCUACCCAGGAUGACGACUGUUAGUGAGAGCAUGGAUGAGAAGCUCCAGCUGUCUCAAACUUCGGAUUCCAAAUCCUUGAUUGAUACUACCUCACCUUCCCAGAGCGUAAAGUCCGACUUGUUGCCUACUGAGGAAUUGACCGGGGAGGGACAGAAGUUUGACACUCUGUCAUCAUACAUUUGGUCUGAUGAAGAUAAUUUUGAAACAUUGGAGCCCACAGACCAAGAUAAGCCAAAGGAUGAAGCCCCCACUGACUGCGCAUCCUGGGCCAAUAAAACUGAGUACCUCCUGGCCCAGGUGGGCUUCUCUGUGGGGCUGGGCACCAUCUGGCACUUUCCUUAUCUGUGUUUUCACAACGGAGGUGGCAGUUUUGUCAUCAUCUAUAUCCUCAUGCUGUUCUUGGUCGGGAUUCCUCUUCUCUUCCUGGAGAUGGCAGCUGGUCAGAGGUUGCGUCGGGGCAGCAUUAAUGUAUGGAAGCUCAUCAGCCCCUGGAUUGGUGGUGUGGGGUAUACCAGCUUCCUGGUGUGCAUCAUUAUGGGCUUGUACUACAGUGUGCUCAUGGCCUGGAGUCUCUUCUAUUUGGUUCAGUCUUUCCAGUCUCCACUACCUUGGUCAUUUUGCCCCUUACUGAACAGCUCCGUUGGUCUUGAUCCUGAAUGUUCACGGACAACAUCCACCACGUACUUCUGGUACCGGAAGGUAUUGGAGGCCACAGAUGAAAUCGAGAUCGGUGGGCUACCGGUCCUGCAUCUCACCAUCUCUCUCUUUGUGACCUGGUUAAUUAUCUGCAUCUCCAUGGUCAAAGGGCCCAAGUCUAUUGGGAAGAUGCUGUAUGUCUCAGUACUCCUUCCCUACAUCAUCCUUUUCUGUCUCGUUAUCCGGAGUCUCACGCUGAAAGGUGCAGAUUUUGGUCUCAAGAGUUUGUUGGCUGCCAAGGUGUCAGCCUUGUACUCUUUGGAAGUGUGGCGCCGGACAGGGAACCAAGUCUUUUUGUCCAGGGGCUCCGGCUUUGGCAGCUUCACCGCAAUCAGCUCGUACAUCCCUCGGUCCAACAACUGUGUCAUUGACGCCUUUGUUGUGGCUCUUCUCAACUUGACCUCCUCAUUGACAGCUACGGUGUUUGUAUUUGCCUUAAUGGGCCACUUGGCUACAGAGAACAGCGAAAAAUGUUACCUGCAGAAUGCUGAAACAGUGAUGAAACUGGUAGCUACUGGGAUGAUCUCUCCUGAGGACCAGCCCCCAGCUAGUCUGUAUCAUGAUCCAAGCUCCAUCUACUCCAGGUGGUUCAGCAGCCUCCCCAAGCAAGUCAAAAGUGUGGUCCUACCUCAUUUGUCUGAGUGCAACUUACCUGAGAAAUUAAAGGAGGUUAUGGUGGGUCCGGGUGUGGCCAUCGUGGCAUUUACUGACAUCAUCUCCGUGUUUUCUGGAUCCACCUUCUGGGCCAUUAUUGUUUUCUUGUUGCUGGCAAACCUGGGGCUGGGCACCAUGACAGGGAUCUUGCAGGGCCUCGUUACCCAUCUCCAGGACACCUUCUCUUCCCUCAGGAAACAAACAAAGCUGCUCACAGUGGGUGUCUGUGUGCCUAUGUUCCUGGGCAGCCUCAUUUUCGUAAGGCCCUCAGGCAUCUACUACCUGAACCUGCUGGAUGAUUACUGGGCAUCUCUGCCCCUCUUCUUCAUUGUCAUCUUGGAGAACGUGGCCGUGGCCUGGAUCUAUGGGGCCAGGAGGUUUCUUUCAGACCUGAGUAUCAUGCUGGGCCACCCCAUCUCCCCCAUUUAUCGUUGGCUAUGGUGCUUUCUGUCUCCACUUGUGCUCCUGGUCCUGUUUCUGAGUGCCCUGUUUCAUCUGUAUACGAAGACCAUCACCUACUUGGCCUGGGACUCAAGCAUUUCAAAUGAGGUGCACCGAACUUAUCCAUCAUGGGCCAAAGUCUUGCUUGUAGUCCUCAUCGUUGUUACCAUCUUGCCCAUCCCUGCCUACUUCUUGUACACCCUCCUUCAGGUGACUCUCUCAGUCUCCAUGAUCCACAGUAGGGCCACAAUAAUCUUCAAACCUGAAGCUAAAGGGAACUUCCCGAAGCCCCAUCCACGGCUCCAGGGGAGGCAAAGUCAAAAGAAGAUUAGUAAAGUGGAUACAUAACCAGGGAAAAAACUUUCUACCACAUGAGUUAUUCCUCUUGGAAAUAAAGACUUGGUUCACUGGA